AUUUUGACGCUUCUGGCCUGGAAAGCAGCUACGAGCAGUGGGCAAGAGUCCGUGUUUGGUGAUGAUCUUACCAACAACACGGCAGGAUCGGAAAGCCCAUUCCUGGAGGCUGCUGGCGAUGGGCAGCAGUGCCCAGCUGUGUGCCCGGCCUGCCCCGCCACCCCCGGCUGCCCGGGCUGCCCGGCCUGCCCCAACGCGCCUCCAUGCCCACGUCGCAUCCCCCCCGGCUACACGCAGCACGGGCGCCUGGGUUACUACAAGAUGCACUACGAGUUGCGGACGUGGCCUGAGGCGAAGGCUGCCUGUGAACGGGAGGGCGGAUACCUCGCCGUGCUCAACUCCCAGGAAGAAGCUAAUUUGGCUGGCAGCUUUUUGCAAAGGUACAAUAUUGUUGGACACUUGCUGGUCGGAUUCUUUGACGUGACCAAGAAUGGGACUUAUAUAACUGUAUUAAACGAGCCUCUGUCGUCUACGGGAUACGAAGGAUGGGCGUCGAGCGAGCCGAACCACGUGGGCACGGAGAACUGCGGCUCCUACUUCCCCAACCAAGGUCUCAACGACGAGGCCUGCAACGUCCCGAAGGCCUUCUUGUGCGAGCUUUUCGCGUGAGGUGCUAUUUCACCUGCACCUCGACAGCAAGCGUCGCACACACGCGCUGCACAUCAGGGGACACCUCACGGCUCCUCCCAUCACGUGCGCGAGCGCUUAU